AGAUGCUGCAGUCAGACAGACAAAGCCUACGCAGGACCCAGAGUGAGGAAACCCCCAGUUCCGCCGGCGGCCCCCGCGGCAGGUGAGCACAACCAUACACAUAUUUGAAUUGACCUGUAUAUGAUUUAUACUUUGUUGUAUUCAUACCCCUACAGAGUACAUACUGUAUGAACAAACACUUUCACACAAAUGGUCAUAGAUUCAUUUCACAACUUGGAUGUACAGAGACUCAUGUUUCUCUACCCUCUCACACAUACACACACAUGCACAUGCACUCACUCACACACACAAACUCUCAGAAGUCUAACUUUAAACACAAAUAUACUGAGGGUAAUGGUCAGUGCAGUGAUCCAACACAGAGAUGCCCUAAUCAAAUCAAUGAUAAGGUACAGAUAGGGAGCGUGCCAAAGUAUGAGACACUAGUCUGCUCUACUACAAAGCACAGAUGGUAUUGUAUGGUAUUUCCCUGAAAACAUUAAGAGGGCACUGCUCUGGACCUUUUUUAUUCGAAACUGCAUUGAACAGCUCCAUCCAUCUGUCCCUAAAGACAGGAGUAGAAAGGGAGGUGUAGAUAGAGGCAGGAAGAGACAGGAGUGCAGAGAGUUCUAUGUCGUGUAUUUUGUUGCUUCUGCAUUCUCCCAUGACGAGAACCAUGUGCCCCCCCCCGCCCCUCCCCAAGGGGGAAAAAGCUUCAAUGUCGGGUGCUCAAAGUUUAUAUUUUCUCCUGUCCUUUUCCAAACGGCUGUUCCUCUGUCCCUCUUUCAGUAUAGGUAGUUGGUGAAAAAGAUUCACUGCAAAGACACAGUUUCAGAACCUUUCUAAUAAAGUUUCCAUUGAUAAUUAUCCAAGUUUGUGCUCAGCAUUCCAAUGUCUGGGGGGUAAAAACCAACAUGUUUUCAUUGUAUAAAAGCACUUGUAGGAAAGAAAAGCUAUAUUUAGUUUGAGGAAAAUUAGUAUAUUUUGAGAGGAAAAGGAGCUCACACUGACAUCUCUUUGUGUGUGUGUGCAUGCAUGUUCCGGCGUCUGUAUGUUUGUGAUCUGUGCUGAGCUACUUUUGAAAGAUUUUCUUAAUCCUUUGGUUUAUUCCUAAGCAGCACUCCAAAGUAUCAACCGCAAACGGAUUCUAUAUUUUUUACAGUAGAAAUGUACAUUUACAUAAGUAGCUUAGCUUUAAAUCACAUUCACAUUCUGUUCAUUGUCACACAGCAUGAGUUGAGAGUUUAAGGGUCAUUUUGUGUGGUAUGAGUGAUCCUGACCCCUCCCCUGUUUUCUGUCUGUGUUCUGGUCAGGACUCACAGACACUCUGCAGGGGGUUCGCGAGGGGGUUCCCCGGGGGGCUCUCUGACUAACGGAGAGCUGAGUGAGGAGCAUAGUCCUGCGGCUUCCGGUCACCCUCGCUCGGCCAAGAACUCCCACAGCAGCCCUGGGAGUGCAGGUACGAUAACCUUGGCGACAUGAAACCAUUUUUCUGUCGCUCUCCAUUCACUUGACACUAGAAUUGGAACAGUAUCAUGAAUCAGCUGUGAACUUUCAUACUAUAGACAAAGUGUUUUAAUCAUUAUGAUGUGUAGCUUUUUGUUCCGGUGUGGAUCAAUCAACUCCUUUACCUACCCACCCACAGGUAAAGUUGAGCUGACUGCCAACGGGCUGGAGAAUGGCCGUAGUGGUCUGGCUCAUCAUACACCCCCACCCUCCUCCCCGUCGGUCCGGUCCCCAGCCCCCAGCAGCAGCAGCCCCUCUCCUGGGCCAGACAGCACAGUCCUCCCCCCUCCUACAGAGGCACCCCCUGCUGGCACCAACCCAACCACUGCUACAGAGCCUGUUCCAGAAUCACUACCGAAUGGG